AUCCUGACAACUGGGCGUCUGUUCAGUCUCCACUCCGCAAUCCAAAGCUCACUACAGCAACCUCUUGCCGAUUGACCAUCACUCCAUUUCCGCACUCGUGUCCGCACUCCCGCACUACCGCGGCCGUACGCCAUGCUGCUCAAAAUCAUCCGUGCCGAGGCGCUGGCGUCCGCUGACCUGAACGGCAAGAGCGACCCGUUCGUGCGCGUCUUCUACGACGGUAAGGAGGUGGGGGCGUCGCACCGCGUCAAGCGGUCGCUCAACCCGCGGUGGGAUUUUCAAGUGACCAUCACUCUGGCACAUGCUGGACCUUUGGACGUGGAGCUCGAGGUGCUAGACAAGGACGAGCUGUCCCAGAACGAUCUACUGGGUUCUUUGCGUGUACCUUUCCCAGAGUGGCGCCAGCUCGUAGACCAGUACCAGAAACGUAAGCAGAGGAAAGAAAUGCCCCCUACAAAGCACAGAGGCUCCAAGUGCGUGGACGUACGGCAACUACGCGUUAACAAAAUUGCAGAUACGAGCAACAGCGCCAACAAUAGCGACAGUAAACUGCUGCAGAAGGGUAAUUCCUCCCAGUCGACGGAUUUCCAGCGACGAUCGAGGUCUUUAAACUCCAGUGGGGGAUAUCUCCAAGCGGAGACCAAAGGCCGCGCUUCUGUGGCGUCUGGAGAGGUCUCGAUGGAACCGGUGAGCGAUGUGAUGGAUAUUAAGCCUGUGUUUAUAUGGUGCAGACUGGUCAAGGGCUCGGCAGCGCAAGGGCGCAUUCUCUGCAGUGUACAGUACGAGGAGAGAGACCUAAAGUACCUGGUGAACCACCCGUACGGUACCAGUAUCCAGGAGGUUUUCCUGCCGCAGAACCCGAGAUUUGAGCAGGCUUAUUGCCAUUUACCCAGGAGCUGGCAUCCGGACGUAGCUGUAAGACAGGAUGAACUCACGGCCAUGCAUCAAGGAACCCCCAAGGAUUGUUUGUUCCCGUGGCACGAGAAGCUUCUUCACAUGGUGGAGGAAGUUACAGUUACGUUUCACGUCAACGAAUCGAAUCAGGGAGUGCUGGCCACGCUGGUGCUGACUAACUAUCGCAUUUGGUUCGUGCCGUAUCGACGUGUGCGGGGUUUGCUGCAUGAGGAUGUUCAUACAUUACCAGUAAGCAAGAUCCUCAAGGCGUCGAUUCAACAGCAGAAACGCAGCAACAACAACGUGAUCACAGUACUGAUCUUGGAUAAUAUGGACGCUGGACACUACCACGUGACGCUCUCACCGAUUUCCAGGUUACGCGAUUCGGUCCGGGAUUUCUCUCGUGAAGCAGAACUGAAACGUGUGAAGACGCUGCACAAUAUCGUUCGGGAGAUUGAGUGGCUGCGCAUUGAAAACAGCUUCUGCUCUCCUACAGAUCGGAAUCACACGGUGGCUACUGCAGAUGAGAUGCAACUUGAGGACGAUUUACUUCAUUACACGCCCAAGCACAGCAGCUCGUCGAUGCCGCCGCCCAUGGCUCGCGCUUUAACGCAGAAUUAUAGCAAGUAUCAGAAGCAUACGUUUACUAAGGAGAGCAUUGGAAGCCUGACUCUCAACGGGAGUGGUGGACCAAUGGAACGUCCCAAGGUCAAGCACCAGCUGAGCGAAUCCGAUGCUUAUCCUCCGCUAACGCAGACGAUGUCAGUGAGAAAGCCACCGCAACAAUUCCAACUUGCAGCGAGACGACGCAUUCGAUACGACCCAGAGGCGGAAUUUGCUAGACUAGGUGCUUUAGAUCAUCCUCGUUGGCGGAAGUGUGAGCUGAAUGAGCAGUACCAGUUGUGCCCUACAUAUCCGGCAUUCCUCAUGGUGCCAGAGUGUCUGAACGACGAGAUUAUCACGGCUGCUGCGGGCUUUCGCAGCAAGAGUCGUUUCCCUGCGCUGACGUGGAUCCAUCCUCGAACAGGAGCACCGCUUUGUCGCAGUAGUCAACCAAACACUGGUGUAUUACGAAGCACGAACCCUGAAGACAAGAAGCUGAUCUGGGCCAUCCGAGAUGCUGCCAUUCCAGCUGAUCAGGCCGCAAAGUCCAAACGCGCUCUGCCCAAGAAGAACAGCGUCGUGCACAUCGUUGACGCACGGCCAGAGAUCAACGCCAAGAGUAACGCUCUUGCUGGCAAAGGGCAUGAGUCGGUGAAACAGUACGACCGCGAUGGAGUGUCUACAGCUGCGAUCACGUUCAUGGGGAUUGAUAAUAUACACGUUGUACGCAAUUCGCUCGCUGGUCUGGCGCAGGCGUUGUAUGAAGUGGAGGACUCCAACUUCUUCGGAGCGGUGCAAAAGAGUCGGUGGUUGGAGCAUAUCUGUAGCAUCCUACAAGGCGCAAGCGAGGUGGCCACGCAUCUUGAGCGUGGUGAUGCGGUGUUGGUACACUGUAGUGACGGAUGGGAUCGCACGGCUCAGCUCUCGGCUCUGGCGCAGAUAAUGCUGGAUCCGUACUAUCGUACGUUAGAAGGCUUCGCUCAGCUGAUCGAAAAGGAUUGGUGCUCUUUCGGUCACAACUUCCAGAGAAGAUGUUCGCAUCCCACAUCCGACCAGACGUCGCCGAUCUUUUUGCAGUUUAUUGAUGCAGUGUAUCAGCUCACUCUCCAGUUCCCAACACAUUUCCAAUUCAACGAGCUGCUGUUGUCUUCUGUCGCUGAAGCUGUGUACUCGUCGUGGUAUGGGACCUUCCAGAAGAACUCUGAAAAUGAGCGGCGUCUUUUCUUGUCUACCGUUCCGAGCGUCAGCGUGUGGGAUGUCAUUCGAGCCACCACAGAUCAAUUCCUUAACCCUUUGUUCGCUGGCAGGGAGGUACACGCGUCUAGUGGGUCGAACAUGGAGCCCAUGCUGCCCGUGUGUCGUGUGCGUGUUAUGCAGCUCUGGGUCAGUCAAUACCAAAAGGCCAUUGGACACAUGCGCUUGCAGCAGCGAGAGUUCGAGAUGCUGCAGCUUAUUCGGCAACAAGAAGCAGAUCUCUCCCGUCUAUACGCCGCCUUGUCCAGCGAUCAACAGCUCGAGUUGCGUGCAAGCCAACUGCGGUCUGACAUCGCAAAACUCUCGCGUAGCAUGAACCUUAAAUAUCCUGACGAGCUUGCUACACCAUCGAAAGAACUGGAGAAGAAGAGAAUGGCAUCUAGUGGCGAAAUGCUGCGCAACUCGGGCAAACGACCGACCGCGGCGUCGCUGGACUUCCACGAUUUGGCCAGCAUUGUAGCUAUGGGAACGGCAGGUGCCGCUGCAAAGGCGGGAGCGGUAUCCUCGCCUCCUCGUGAGCACAUGACAUUGGCGCAGAUGCUACAGCGUGGAAACCUCGAGGCUAGUUCUGGUCCUACGCCGGCCGGAUCAGCUGGAGUACCAACGCAAUCGCACAACCUGCCUAAUCCUCGACGACGCAAGUCUAUAACCAGUCGCUCACGCAGCAACAGCCUCAAGAACACAUUAAUUAAUGUGGUAGCGCAGAUGAAAGGUGGCUCACAUGAUAAGGAGAUCGACGAGCCGGAGGAAGUUGGCUCAGCUACGCUGCCCAACCCAGUGCGUGUCAGUGAAGGACGACGCAACCUGCGCUUGAGCUCUCCAUCGCGUCGAGAUGAACUGAAGCGUGAUCUUCAUCACCUCGAGUCGCAGCUUUCGAAGCUCAACCAUCAAGUGGCUUUAAAGGAGGACGCGGCGAAGCAGACGAUGCGGCGGUUCCGCUGUUACAACUACAACCUCCCAGAGACAGCACUACGUAACGAGAACGAUACGCUUUCGCCCACCAGCGGCAAGAAGGUUCGGCUGGGGUGUUCAAACGGCAACAAACCGUACCCCUCGCCGAGAACGUAUUCGCCACCAUCGUCAUCUUCCUCACCCGGUUCAGGUGCAACAUCAGCCUCGGCCCGAGUCAGUGGCGAACCCUAUGACUCCAGCUCGUUGGAUGGAGAUCCCCGCAACUUCACACCAGGAAGCUCUCCGUUAUUGGGCACGGACAAGGUAAUCUCGGGAGGAAACUAUCUCAACUCGCAGCCUGUGUGGGAGCGCGACGAAGACGCUCCGUGCUGCAAACGCUGCAAAAAGAAAUUCAAGACACUCUUGCGCAAUCGACACCACUGUCGCUGCUGUGGGUACGUUUUCUGCGGUCGUUGCACGAGUCACCGCAUGAGUCUCCCAGAUUUUGGCUACUACGACGUUGUACGUGUGUGCAAGGUGUGCUACAAUUCAGGCGAGGAUGGAUAAGAGCAAGACGAGACAAGUUGUACGGUAAGCAUUGUGGGAAAAUAUAAUCAAUCGAUACAAGGGGGUAACUAGCUGGUGGUCGAGCCUGCUGAUACGUCGGACGGACUUGUUGCUAGGAUAAAUCGUCGGUUUGCCGGGUUUUGAUAAGUAUUACGAGGCGUGAGCGCAGGAGCAAGACUUGUUGUCUCGAGAGAGAUAUCAUAGUCAGCAAAGGCACGUUGACCUGUCGGGUCCUCAGUCCCUUUCGAUGCCCGCAGUCUGAUCAGACGAUCUGGUGAGGUAGAAAUCGUUGCAGCUGGAGCUGGUAUGAUGCCAAACGUAGUAGCUAAUGCUCUCUUGGCUUGGCGUUUUUCGAGACGCACCGAGUGUGGCGUCAUCUUAUCGAAGAGUGCUGGAAACGCUCCAUUAUACUGCAAGGGGAUGCUGUGAAUUGGGCACCAGAACUAUGAAAGAAUGGGUUCUACGUACUCGAUCGGGGAAAUACGAACCCGGUCCGCGACUAGAUGCUCCAUUAUCGUGUGUAGAUAAGAACCUUGGCACAUUAGACUUCAAGGAAACGACAGCGUUUCCCUUCUUUUUGAGUUGGGAACCUACGUUCGUGGACUCUUGCGGGUCGUAGAAUCUCUGCACAGUAGCUGUAGGUGUCGGAUUCACGUCUCGCUCCAUUCGGUACAGCAAUCGAGACCUGUGCCGCUUAGCGUUGCCUGCCAUAGUGUUCCAUUCCUCACGAAAAAGCGCCCCUGGUCCUCGCGCCGAAGCGAGGUCUACAGGCAUUGUUGACAAACUUUAAGUAAAGGCUAGCGCAAUACUACCAAACUGCCAUCGUACCAUCACGUCGAUGUGUGAAUAACGUUUGACGGAAAGGUUCAUACUGGUUUUGUGCGUC